AUGAACGAGCACAACCUCCUCAUCGCCCUAGACCGCAUCAAGUUUUACGCACGCGAUGCUUUGGUCACUGUCACACAGUGUAUCUGCAGGCCCGACGCGACGCUCAAGAUCAAUGGACGCCAGUUCAAGGUUGAACGCCUGCUGGGCGAGGGCGGCUUUUCGUUUGUCUACUUGAUCCGCGACACGUCGAGCGGCCGCCUGUUUGCCCUCAAAAAGGUCAUCAUCAUGACUGGGCAGGAAGGUGUCCAAGCCGCCAUGCGCGAGAUUGAGGCCUACCGUCGUUUCCGUCACCCCAACAUUAUCAAGCUGUUCGACUCUGCUGUUGUACAGGACGAGUCGGCUGACGGCAAGAUCAUUUACAUGUUCCUUCCUUACUACACCCACGGCAACCUGCAAGACCUCAUGGCGCAGGUAUCGGUGACUGGAAACCGCGUCGAGGAGGACCGCUUGCUGCGUAUGUUCCACGGCACGUGCCUUGGCGUGCGCGCCAUGCACCAGUACCGCCUCCCUGCAGUCAACGCGACAUACCCGCCCCAACGCGAUGAGGACCCCCUCAUGCCCGACGAGCUUGUGUUUGACGCGCCAGAGGACGAGCCUGGACAAGUUGGCGAGCUGGUCCCCUACGCUCACAGGGAUAUCAAGCCGGGUAACAUCAUGCUCGCCGACGACGACACGCCGAUCCUCAUGGACUUUGGCUCAACGAUCAAAGCGCGCAUCGAGGUUACCACUAGGCAACAGGCGCUGCUGGAGCAGGACAUUGCGGCCGAGCACUCCACCAUGCCAUACCGCGCACCCGAGCUCUUUGACGUCAAGACGGGCAAGACGCUUGACGAAAAGGUCGACAUUUGGUCUCUCGGGUGCACCCUCUUUGCCGUCGCAUAUGGAUUCAGCCCAUUCGAGACGGACGGCAGCUCGCUUGCCAUGGCCGUCAUGUCGGGCAGGUACCGACACCCGGGAGGCUACUCUGAGCGUCUGACCAAGCUCAUUGACGCCAUGCUCGUUGUGGACCCAGAACAACGACCCGAUAUCCAGCAGGUCCUUGAUCUCACCGAGGCCGCCAUGCGCCAUUCAUAG